AUGUCAGAUUCUCAACGACAUGGCGUUUCCGUCUCAUCAACUCCCUCAGAUCCCAAGGUUGGUUCUACCAACAUGGCAGGUCGAAAAGCCGCAAAAUCGCUAAGACUUUUUAGAGGUGCAGAAACACCAAGCGAGAAGGGUUCGCGAAACCAAACACGAUACAAUUCAGACGAUGAUUCUGCUCAAAUUUCGCCCACCAAAUCUCGGAGUUUUGACCCGGCUUUGAAGCGAUACUCUGUGACUGGCGAUCUCUCAGAGAUGAUUUCAUCUGGUCUACAGAUAAAGCUCGACGAGGAUGAUGGCGAGGCUUUUUUGGAUGAAAGCGUUAUCCCCAACAGUUUUCCAAAGCUGGAGCCCGUAUCUUCAGCUACUUACGUUCCACACUCCACAACAUCACAGUCUGGCCUAAAGCCUAAGCACUUGACUGCAACAGCUGAGUUCGAUCACGAAACCGACGAAGGAAUAGAAUCAGCUAUAAGUGGUUCAUUGUACAGUACGAUCACAUCAGUCACCGCAAGUUCAGAUAGGUUAAUUGGGCAGUCUUAUCAGGAUGAAAUUGCUCUGAGUGAUGAGAAGGACGAAAGCGUUAAUCUCGAAGAAGAAGACGACGAGAAAUAUCCACUUGCCGUGGAACUUUUGCCAUUCAAGAAUAAAGUUGGAGGCCACACUGCCAUUUUCAAGUUCUCCAAGAAAGCCGUUUGUAAGGCAUUGGUUAACAGAGAGAAUACGUGGUACGAGUCUGUAGAGCGCCAUCAUCCCGAGCUGCUUGGAUUCAUGCCACGCUACAUAGGAGUGCUCAACGUUAGGUACAGCUCAUUAGUCGAUGAAGACGAGGAAAACUUGACUGUUGGUGAUCUCAGUCCUGCCCAGGAGGGCCAGCGGAUAGACCAGAGAACUCCUAUAUCGCAUGCAUUGCGUAGUGAUAACGGUAUUGCGCCAGAAGUUGUGCUUAAUGACAAUAUCCACAUGAUACCGCAAUCUUUACGCGACAGGUUUUCAUCAUCAGCUCCUUCGCCUGUUGGCUCUUUUGUUAGUGGAAAGAGUCUUACUUCGCCUCUAGUUGGACCUAGAAGUGGAACCCAAACUGCAGUCGGAUCUCCGGCCUCAGAUUUUCACCGGAACUCUCUCGACAACUCUCUUGGUUCUACAAUGAUCAACAAGAAGUUGCAAAAACAAGUAUUUGAGGAGGUUUUCCCAUUGAAACUCAAUAAAUACGGAGAGCAAAAGUUUACAACCAGAUUCCAGCAUUACGAUAGCCCUAACUCUUCAAAUGACGAUUCCCAGCCAAGACACAGAUACUCAAUGACGUCAGAUUACGAGAAGGGCUCUCUAAGAUCCAACUCUCUCUCAAAACGAAUCCCUCAUCCACAUUCGAUGCUUGAUCUCAAGGAUGCUGGCAGAUAUGUGGAAGACCCUACUCCAGAUCAAGAAGGUCCCAGGGCUUUGCUCAAGUCCGAAUUGGAUAGAGGAACUCCUGCGCUCAGCCGGUCCGAUAGUGAUGCCAUAUUUGAGAUGGAUAACGAUAACGAAGAUGCUUCUAUGAAAAUGCGGAAAGCAUCUGAACAUGCCAUUUUGGAGGACUAUGAAGAGACACCCAAAACAGAGACAUCUAUGAAAAAGCAUCUUCGAAAACAUACGCGAUUUGAAAGAUUUAUUCUACUAGAGGACUUAACCAGUGAUAUGUCCAAACCUUGCGUUUUGGACUUGAAAAUGGGAACAAGACAGUAUGGAAUUGAAGCCAAAAGCUCUAAAAAGUAUUCCCAAAGACUCAAGUGCUCCAGGACUACUUCGCGUCAGCUCGGAGUACGCAUUUGUGGAAUGCAAAUCUGGCAACAUCGUGAGGCGCGCUUCAUUUCGCGUGACAAGUACUUUGGGAGAAAGGUGAAGGUCGGGGAGGAGUUUGCGCGGUGCAUUGCUCGUUUUCUCUACGAUGGAAAAUCAAAGAUGUCCGUGGUUAGACACUUGCCUGCACUUAUUAGGGAGGUAGAAAGUCUUCACCAGGAGUUCUCCAAGCUUGAUGAUUACAGAAUGUACGGCUCUUCCCUAUUGCUUAUGUAUGAUGCAGGGAAAAGCGGUUCUAAGCUCUUCGUGAAGAUCAUUGAUUUUGCACAAUGCGUGAUAGCAGAAGAGCCCAUUCCCGAGACUGCUACGUUCCCACCACGGAACCCAGGUAAGCCAGAUGCCGGAUAUUUGCGCGGAUUAAAAUCGCUUCUGUUCUACUUUAAGCAGAUCUUUCUAGCACUAACAGGAGAGCAUUACAAAGAUUACGAGACUUCAACUGAGUUGGUAGCUCAGCUCGGUGACAAAUUAGCAUCUCCGAGUGAAUGGCUGGAUACUUUUGAGCAAGACACCAGCAAUGAUGAAAGUUCAGCGUACAAAUCUGCAAACGUCCCGAUGCGGUUUCUGGAGGAUCCUUUUGUGGAUUGCGAUGAUAACUCUGUUGUUUCAGAGUAA